AAAAUAAAAAGUGAGAUAACGAUUGACAAAUUACUACCUGAUUAUGGCCGACCCCGGAGCCAGAACCCGUAAACCCGGCGGGCCCGGUUCUGAGGGCGAAGCGCACCGGCACACGCGGUGACGUGGAAGGCGAAUCGGUAUCCUCCCGGGCCCGGCAGCCGGCUCCUGCCGUCAUAUUCUCUCCCCUUCUCCGACCGAUCCCCACCUCACACGAUACUUUCCCCCUCCACUAGGGUUCCCCGUCCGUUCCCCCUCGGCCGCAUCAGAUCUCCGCGGCGGAGUUUCGUACCGUAUUUGUCUUUGCAACAUUCGAGUUGAUUAUUUUGGAGGAGUCGCUCUCUAGGGUUGAUUGAGCGCUGUUGUUUUUUUUGUGCGACGACGGUGGUGUGUUGAUUGGAUGUUGAAAGAAUUGUAGCUGUUUGAGGCGGCAACCAAGGGCCGCGGAAGCAUCUGUGUCGAGCCAUGGAUAAGGGGAUCUUCACCAACGAUGGCUCCUUCAUGGAGAGGUUCAAGCAGAUGCAGCAGGAGGCGCAGGAGAAGAAGGCCGCUGCUGCCUCUGCCUCAUCGGCUCCCAAGCAUGCGAACCCCAAGCAGGGGUUUGCUGUUGCGGCAAACAAGAGGCCAUUCGAGCUGAAGAACGCUGCUCCGGUAGCCUCAGCUGGUAAGCUGGCCUUUAGUCUCAAGAAGGCCAAGGUCGCCGUUGCACCUGUGUUUGCAGCCGACGAGGAGGAUGAGGAUGCUGUGGAUGUUGAGAGGGAGGAGCCCGCCAAACGCCAGAAGUCUGUGCAAGCUGAUGCUCCUGCGGCAGCUGCCGCGUCCGGGGCUGUUGCCCCACCCCCACCAAAUGAUAUGACAGUGAGACAAGUCGCUGACAAACUGGCAAGCUUUGUUGCCAAAAACGGGAGACAGUUUGAGAAUAUCACACGACAGAGGAAUCCUGGAGAUACACCAUUCAAGUUUCUAUUUGACAAAAACUGUCCAGACUACAAAUAUUAUGAGUUUCAGCUUGCUGAAGAGGAAAGGGCUCUUGCUCAGUCAAAGGAGGCUGAAGCAUCGAAAGCUAACUCUGGCACUGCAAGCUUCAAGGCACCAGGUGGUACUUAUAGAAGCUCAUUUGAACAGAAGUCUAACUAUCAGACACCUGCAUCAGCUUUGUACGGGGCAUAUGAGGGUAGUUCUUCCCAAGGAAGCUCUUCUAGUUAUGGUGAUCAUACAGCUCCACCAUCAGAUCCUGUAGCAUUGAUGGAAUUCUAUGCAAAGAAGGCUGCACUGGAAGAACGGAAGAGGCCACCAAGGCAGUCGAAAGAUGAAAUGCCGCCACCUCCUUCUCUUCAAGGUCCUCCUAAGAAGGGACACCACAUGGGUGAUUUCAUUCCUCAAGAAGAACUUGAAAAGUUUAUGGCACGGUGUAAUGAUGCUGCAGCACAAAAGGCUACCAAAGAAGCCGCUGAGAAGGCUAAGAUUCAGGCGGACAAUAUUGGGCACAAACUUUUAUCUAAGAUGGGUUGGAGGGAAGGUGAGGGUCUUGGGAGCGAGAGAAGAGGCCGUGCAGAUCCCGUUAUGGCUGGAGAUGUGAAGAAGGAUCAUCUUGGUGUUGGGGCAGUCCAGCCUGGUGAGGUCACAUCUGAAGAUGACAUCUAUGAGCAAUACAAGAAGCGGAUGAUGCUUGGAUACCGCUAUAGGCCAAACCCUCUGAACAAUCCAAGGAAAUCAUACUACUGAUGUGGGGGAGUUCGUCUGAGGGGAGAUGUAAGGCGCUGCUUUGCUGCAAUUUUGCUCACAGAACUAAUGGUUAGGGGAUAUCACUAACAGCAUUGAAAGUUUUUGUUCAUCAACAGAAAUGUCAAGAAGUUCGUUAUUCAGCAUAUUUCUUGGAAUGCCACAGAUGCAAGGCUUCCGGGGGUUCUACAAAGCUUUGUUCUUUGUGUAGUGUGUUUAUCUUUGUGGGUUUAAAUGUCUGUUCAAACGUGUAUCAUGUUUCAGACUGUUGUAUUGCUUUCUUGGAUCACCCUUUUUUCUGAUCUCAUUUCAGUUACAAGUUGGAACCAUAAGGUACAAAAUUUGUGUUGGGAGGGGUUAUAUUUUAGAAUGGAGUGUGAAUAACUAUAGCUAGCAUAAGGCUAUCUCCAGCAGAUUAGCCAUCCUCACAUCUAACAGUACAGUCUAUAGUGCAAAAUAUUGUAAAACAGUGUUUUAGUUGACCAUACGGUGAAUUGUUGGACACGGUCUAAGUGGUGUUUGGUAGAGGUUUGGGUGACUCUAGAUCCUGUGUGCAUCUUAACGAUGAGAUGCUUUUCUUUAUCAAAAUGAAUUAGAAACUGGUGAAUUCA